AAACGAUUUAAGCACUCAAGCUACAGUCAUGGUGUAAUCAUCACUCUCACAACCUUCAGUUGCACUUGGAAUCAGAUGUCAUGGGAAAUGAUCCAUUCAGAAUCCUGAAAGCAGAUUGAAUGAGAGAGGAUCACAUGUUUGGUGGUUGCAUUACACUCAAGAGUGAGAACUAUUGACGAAUGUCCAACUGAAGCAAAGAAGUGCAUUGACAGGCAUUCCUGCAAUUCAGAAUGCUUCGCUUUCUGAAAACCACAAAAAGAUAUCAUUUUACAGCUAGUUUGAGGAAGAACUGGCUGCUCAUGUGCACAAUUCUCGCCGUCGUCUUAGGUAUUCUGAUCGGCGUUCUGGCACGUAACUAUGCUGCUUUGUCAAACCUAGACAAAUUUUACUUUGGGUUUCCUGGAGAGAUCCUCGUGAGAAUGCUGAAGCUGAUCAUUUUACCUUUAAUUGUCUCCAGUAUAAUUACAGGAAUCGCUGCGUUGGAUUCAGAUGUGUCUGGGAAAGUUGGAAUGCGGGCAGUGAUAUAUUAUUUUUCAACCACUAUAAUUGCUGUAAUUCUAGGAAUUGUGUUGGUGAUGAGCAUUAAACCUGGUGUCUCCCAAAAUGCUGAAGAAAUUGACAGGAGUGGAAGUUCGCCAGAGGUCACCACUGUAGAUGCCAUGCUAGAUCUUCUCAGGAAUGCAUUCCCAGAAAACUUGGUACAGGCUAGCUUUCAACAGUAUAAAAGCAAACGAAUAGAAAUUGAACCUACAAACAAUGCUACCAGCCCGAUGGUUACUGUUGUCAUGACAACACAAACGAAUGAGACUAAGAGCAAAGACUACAAAGUGGUUGGUGGAUACACUGAUGGAAUAAAUGUACUGGGCCUCAUUGUCUUCUGCCUAGUAUUUGGGAUUGUCAUUGGACAGAUGGGCGAAAAAGGCAAAAUCCUGCUAGACUUCUUUGAUGCAUUGAAUGAAGCCACCAUGAGAAUUGUACGCAUUGUCAUGUGGUAUAUGCCAAUAGGUAUAUUAUUUCUUAUUGCUGCUAAAGUAAUGGGAGUGGAUGACUGGGAAAUUUUCCGUAGGCUUGGCCUUUAUAUGGCAACAGUGCUGACUGGAUUAGCCAUCCAUGGUGGUAUUAUUCUCCCCAUAAUCUAUUUCAUUGUGGUACGGAAAAAUCCCUUCAUAUUCAUUGGAGGAAUGGCUGAGGCAUUACUGACUUCUGUCAUGAUUUCAUCCAGUUCUGCAACUCUGCCAGUAACAUUCCGAUGUGCUGAGGACAAAAACAAAGUUGACAAAAGGAUCACCAGAUUUGUGUUGCCAGUGGGUGCCACAAUAAACAUGGAUGGAACAGCUCUAUAUGAAGCAGUUGCUGCAAUAUUUAUUGCUCAGCUUAAUGACUAUCCAUUGGAUGCGGGGCAAAUAAUCACCAUCAGCAUUACAGCAACAGCAGCUAGCAUUGGAGCAGCAGGGGUUCCUCAAGCUGGGAUGGUUACCAUGGUGAUUGUUCUUACCGCAGUUGGAUUGCCUCCUCAUGACAUCACUCUGAUCAUGGCUGUAGAUUGGCUACUGGAUCGGUUUCGGACAAUGGUGAAUGUACUUGGAGACUCUUUUGGAGCUGGAAUUGUGGAGAAGCUGUCCAGUAGGGAACUGCAGCAAAUGGAUCUCACGAGUGGCAUCAAUGUAGUGCAUCCAUUUGCUCUGGAACCUGCUGCAUCUGAGAAGGAGGAAACCAAGAUAAAGGAAACAUAUAUCAAUGGAGCAUUUGAUGUAGACAAAACGGACUCGGUAGCUGUCACAGAAACAUCACAAUUUUGAUUGAGUAAGAAUGAGUCGAGAAUGAGCAUUUGUGAAUAUGUUAUACGUAAGGAUUACCUUGCAAAGCUGUACAUUUGAAUCUUUUCAUAAAUUUCUCCUCAUCAAUAAUGAGUACCUUAAGAUAAAUUUUUGAUUGUAUAGUAAAUACUGGCCAUUAAACACCGUGAUAAUCAAUUGCAAAUUAUUCAUCCAUUUGCUUGCAAUCAAGGUAGGUUAAAUCUCUGGUCUGAAUGGGAGACCAAGACAGCUGCUGCUGGAACUGAAACAAAGCUAGUAUGAGCAAACUCUGCUCCAUGAAAUUAAAAAACAGACAUUGGAUGUCAAGAAAGCAUAUUGGCUACCAAUCCUAACUCGUGAUUCAGACAAUAAUUCUUAACUCUAUACUUAUCUCUCAAUUAGUAAACUUUAGAAUCAUUCUAGGUUGUUUAUAUGUUCUAAAUAAUGUUUCAUCAUUAUCUGCCUUUAAUGUUAAGAGGAAAUAAUGAUUAUGAUAUCACAUGUGCAGUGAAAUCUGUUUGAAACCAGCCUCAAAGUUUACCUGUCUAGAUAUAACCGAUUAGUGACAGUCUCAAGAAUAAAUUAUUAACUUUCUUCAUAUCCACAUAAUAUAGACAUUCCCUAUGAGCCAGGACUGAUAAUUACAAAAUUGGUUCUGAUUGCAUUCAUUCAUGAAAGGACAGACCAAAGAAAGAUAUUGUUUCAUUGGAGGCAAUUCAGACAAGGUUCAUGAGGAUGAUCCCUGGUAUGGAGGGAUUGUCUUAUGAGUAAAGGCUAAACAGGUUGGGAGCCUGCUCACUGGAGUUUAGAAGAAUGAGAGUGAACUCACUGAAACAUAUAGGAUUCUUAAGGAACUUGACAGGAUGUUGAGAGAAUAUUUCCCUCAUGGGCGAGUCUAGGACAAGAGGACAGUUUCAGAUUAAAGG